GCCUGUGUGCGUCUGAGAGUGUGUAGGUGAGUGUGUCUGCGAGUGUGUGCGUGUGAGAGUGCAUAAUUGUGUGUGUGUGUCUGUGUGUAAAUGUGUGUGAGAGUGUGGUGUGAGAGUGUGUAGGUGAGUGUGUCUUUGUCGCUGGAGUUCUUGUGCAGUGAGGAAUACUACGGUACUGGAUGAUUUUUACUAUACUCCUGUACUAUGCUACUGACAUGGUGCUUCAAAGUAUACCAUGGUACAGGAGCUGCGCUCGUCUUCUCUCUAUCGCUCUCAGCAGCGCUUCUGUCUGUAGGUGAGAAAGCGACGCGCCGCGCCGCGACGCCCCGCCCCGCGCCGCGGUCUGACUCAGCGGGGGGCCGGGCUCAAACCGACUCCGUCACGCCGCGUCAGUCCAGAGUCGCACAAUUAUGAAAAAUCCACCUUCCGCUGGAGCUGCAGCGGACGCACACGACUCCCUCCGCCGCCACCGGGCUUUCCUUCCGAGGCUUACCGAGCAGCACGGCGCCGAUAGAUGGCUAGACGCCCCGGAUCAGCGCGUCGCGACUCUGAACGGUGAAGAGAAUGUCCCAGAAGUCCUGGAUCGAACACAGUUUCACCAAGAGGGAAUGUGUUUAUAUACUGCCCGUAUCAAAGGACCCACACAGAUGCCUCCCAGGAUGCCAAAUCUGUCAGCAGCUCGUGCGAUGCUGCUGUGGGCGUCUGGUUCGGCAGCACGUGGGCUUCACCGCCACACUGGCAGUGAAAUACUCAGACGUGCGUCUGACCGAGGGCGAGCUGUCCGAUCUGGAGCAGUGGUCAGUGGAGAAGCAGGAGGAGAGUCCCACUGAUGCUUACGGAGUCAUCAACUUCCAGGGAGGAUCCCAUUCGUACAGAGCCAAGUAUGUGCGUCUGUCCUAUGAUUCCCGUCCGGAGGCCAUCCUGAGGCUCAUGCUGAAGGAAUGGCAGAUGGAGCUGCCAAAGAUCGUCAUCAGCGUUCACGGGGGAAUCCAGAACUUCGACCUGCAUCCGCGGAUCAAACAGGUGGUGGGAAAAGGACUGAUCAAAGCUGCUGUCACCACCGGGGCCUGGAUCCUGACCGGAGGGGUCAACACAGGUGUGGCCAAACAUGUGGGUGACGCUCUGAAGGAACAUAUGUCCAGAUCGGCUCGGAAAAUCUGUACGGUGGGAAUCGCACCCUGGGGAGUGAUCGAAAACAGGAACGACCUCAUCGGGAGAGACGUUGUAGCGCCGUACCAAACCCUGCUGAAUCCUCUCAGUAAACUCAACGUGCUGAAUAACUUCCACUCGCAUUUCGUCCUGGUGGAUGAUGGGACAGUCGGGAAAUAUGGAGCUGAAGUCCGACUCAGGAGAGAGCUGGAGAAACACAUUAACCUGCAGAGAAUCCACGCCCGCAUCGGUCAGGGUGUUCCGGUCGUGGCUCUGAUCUUUGAAGGAGGUCCAAACGUGAUCCUGACGGUGCUGGAGUAUCUUCAGGAGAGUCCGCCGGUGCCGGUGGUGGUGUGUGAGGGGACGGGGCGUGCCGCUGAUAUACUGGCUUACGUACACAAGCAGACGGAGCAGGACGGAGCGCUGCCUGAUGGAGUUGAGGCCGACAUCAUUGCGACAAUCAAGAAAACGUUCAACUUUAGUCAGAGCGACGCUCUGCAUCUCUUCCAGACGCUGAUGGAGUGCAUGAAGAACAAAGAGCUGAUCACAGUGUUCCCUGUGGGCUCGGAGGACCAUCAGGACAUCGAUGUGGCCAUCCUGAAGGCUCUGCUCAAAGGCACGAACGCGUCGGCCUUCGAUCAGCUGGUCCUGACGCUGGCGUGGGAUCGGGUGGACAUCGCUAAAGAUCACGUAUUUGUUUACGGACAACAGCUGCUGGUGGGUUCCCUCGAGCAGGCGAUGUUGGAUGCGUUGGUGAUGGACCGUGUGGAGUUCGUUAAGCUCCUGAUAGAGAAUGGCGUCAGUAUGCACCGGUUCCUCACAAUCACACGUCUCGAGGAGCUGUACAACACGAAACAAACUCCAACCAAUCCGACGCUCUAUCACCUGGUGAGGGAUGUCAAACAGGGUAACCUCCCGCCCAACUAUAAGAUCACGCUGAUCGAUGUGGGUCUGGUGAUCGAGUAUCUGAUGGGAGGAACGUACAGGUGCAACUACACACGCAAACGCUUCCGCAUCAUCUACAACAACCUGCACGGGAACAGCCGGCGGUCAGGUCGACACACGGGCAGCAGCUCCCACGAGUCCUUCAGCAUUCAAGCAGAUAAAAAAGAGAAGACGCGACACAAUCACUUCAUCAACACGGCGCAGCCCUACAAACCCAGGCUGGACUCGGUCUCCGAGCAGCAGAAGAAGAAGAGUAAGGAGGAGGUGGUGGACAUCGACGACCCGGAGACGCGCCGCUUCCCGUACCCCUUCAACGAGCUGCUGGUGUGGGCCGUGCUGAUGAAGCGGCAGAAGAUGUCUCUGUUCUUCUGGCAGCACGGCGAGGAGUCCAUGGCCAAAGCGCUGGUGGCCUGCAAGCUGCUGCGCUCCAUGGGAUACGAGGCCAAGAAGAGCGACGUGGUGGAUGACACCUCCGAGGAGCUGAAGGAGUAUUCCAAUGAGUUCAGCACGCUGGCGGUGGAUCUGCUGGAGCAGUCGUUCAGGCAAGACGAGACGAUGGCCAUGAAGCUGCUGACGUACGAGCUGAAGAACUGGAGCAACUCCACCUGUCUGAAGCUGGCCGUGUCGUCGCGCCUCCGGCCGUUCGUGGCUCACACCUGCACACAGAUGCUGCUGUCCGACAUGUGGAUGGGUCGCCUGAACAUGCGCAAGAACUCCUGGUACAAGGUGAUCCUGAGCAUCCUGGUUCCUCCUGCCAUCCUCCUGCUGGAGUACAAGACCAAAGCAGAGAUGUCCCACAUUCCCCAGUCGCAAGACGCCCAUCAGAGCAUGGAGGACAGCGAGCACAACCUGCAGAAGCCUGACGACAUCCCCAUGGAUGUGUUUAAGGAAGCCCGUCCCAAUGAGAACGCGGAUGUGAAGAAUGAAACGGAGGUGCAUGUGCGUUCCCGCCGUUUACCCAUCACACGCAAGUUCUACGCCUUUUACCAUGCGCCUAUCGUCAAGUUCUGGUUCAACACGCUCUUUUAUAUCGGCUUCCUGAUGCUGUAUUCAUACGUGGUGUUGGUGAAAAUGGAGCUGUUUCCGUCUCCUCAGGAAUGGGUCGUCAUUCUUUACAUCUUCACUCUGGCGGUGGAGAAGAUCCGAGAGAUGUUCAUGUCUGAAGGAGGCAAAAUCAGUCAGAAGAUUAAAGUCUGGUUCAGCGACUACUUCAACGUUUCUGAUUUUCUGGCGCUCCUGAUGUUCUUCGUGGGCUUCGGCCUGCGCUUCGGCACGGGGAACGUGUUUAUCGCGGGCCGGAUCGUUUACUGUCUGAACAUUAUCUUCUGGUAUGUGCGUCUGCUGGAUAUCCUGGCUGUCAAUCAGCAGGCCGGGCCGUACGUCAUGAUGAUCGGGAAGAUGGUGGCCAACAUGUUCUACAUCGUGGUCAUUAUGGCCGUCGUGCUGCUGAGUUUUGGGGUUCCUCGUAAAGCCAUUCUUUACCCAAACGAGGAUCCUUCGUGGACUUUGGCGAAAGAUGUGGUGUUCCAGCCGUACUGGAUGAUGUACGGUGAAGUUUACGCGUACGAGAUUGACGUGUGUGCGAACUCGAGUGAGGAUCACGCUAAGGCGCUGUGUGCGACGGGUGUGUGGUUGACGCCGCUGCUGCAGGCCGUCUAUCUGUUUGUCCAGUAUAUUCUCAUGGUGAACCUGCUCAUCGCCUUCUUCAAUAACGUCUACAUGCAGGUGAAGUCCAUAUCCAACCUGGUGUGGAAAUACCAGCGUUACCACUUCAUCAUGGCGUACCACGACAAGCCCAUCCUUCCGCCGCCGCUGAUUCUGCUCAGCCACGUGGCGUCUGUGCUGUCGUCCAUCUGCAGGAAGAGGAAGAAGGACAGCAGCGCCUACGGACCAAAGCUCUUCCUGACCGAGGAGGACCAGAAGAAGCUGCACGAUUUCGAGGAGCAGUGUGUGGAGACGUACUUCCAUGAGAAAGAUGAUCAGUUUCACUCGGGGAGCGAAGAGAGAAUCAGACUCACAUCCGACAGGGUGGAAACGAUGUGUGUGCAGCUGAAGGAGGUCGGAAACAAGGUGAACUUCAUCAAGCGCUCUUUGCACACGCUGGAUUCUCAAAUCGGACACCUGCAGGAUCUAUCAGCGCUCACCGUGGACACGUUAAAAGCGCUAACGGCGCAGCGAGCGUCCGAGGCUAGCAAAGUGCACAACCAGAUCACGCGUGAACUUAGUGUCUCCAAGAAUCUGGGGCCCGAUGUCACGGGACACUCGAAGUCGAGCGCGCUGGUGCGGUGCAGCGUGGGAUUCCUGCCUCCCACCGCCAGCAUAGCGGAGUCUCUGUUUGGGGGCGGAGCCAAGGACCAAGCGCUGCAGGGGGCGGGGCUUCCUGUGAGCCCCGAGGUCGGAUCGAGGUCGGAUCCGGCCCCAGCCACGUUCUUCGUCAGCACGCCGUCGCAGCUCACCGACACGCACACGGAGCCGUCGCAUUUCGCAGUGGAGUUUGGGGCCUUCGUGGGUCACAAGGAUGAUCCUGAGGGUCAGAGGUCGUUCCCUAAAGAGGUUGCUGUGAGCGGCCGGCAGUCGAGUCCCUCCAGAAAGGCUCGUGAUGUGGCGGCGGCGCAGGGUCACAUGCGGACGGUGAACUCAUACGCCGGUUUCACCGAGUUCGACAGAAACCCUUCGUUCCUGCAUCCAGAGUCCACGCUCGGGAAGCAGGAGAGGACACGUGUGUCGUUGGAGGACGUCUCUCAUUAUGAGGAUCUGCUGCUGGGCAAAUCAGCACAAUCCAGCAAACUGAGUCCAGGAGACGACAUCUCAAACACAGGUCUGUACGCCGGGCGACACGCACACCUGGGGGCACGUAAGGACUCGAUCGGUUCUCCGUUCAAGCCCAUGGAGAGUUAUCAGUAUUCAGCGGUGGAGCGUAAUAACCUGAUGCGGUUGUCUCAGAGUAUUCCAUUCACCCCAGUGCCCCCUAGAGGUGAGCCGGUGACCGUGUACCGUCUGGAGGAGAGCUCUCCCAACAGCAUCAACAACAGCAUGUCGUCGUGGACUCAGCGCGGUCUCUGCGCUAAGAUCGAGUUCCUCAGUAAGGAGGAGAUGGGUGGAGGCCUGCGGCGGGCGCUGAAGGUGCUCUGCACCUGGUCCGAGUACGACAUCCUCAAGCCUGGACACCUGUACAUCGUCAAGUCCUUCCUGCCCGAGGUGGUCAACACCUGGCAGAGCAUUUACAGAGAGGAGACCGUCCUGCACCUCUGUCUCAGGGAAAUUCAGCAGCAGAGAGCAGCUCAGAAACUCACGUUUGCCUUCAACCAGAUCAGACCCAAAACCAUCCCAUACUCACCCAGGUUUCUGGAGGUGUUCCUGCUCUACUGUCACUCUGCCGGUCAGUGGUUUGCCAUCGAGGAGUGCAUCACUGGAGACUUCCGCAAGUUUAAUAACAACAACGGGGACGAAAUCGUCCCGACCAACCUUCUAGAAGAAACCAUGCUGGCCUUCAGCCACUGGACGUAUGAAUACACACGAGGAGAGCUGCUCGUGCUCGACCUGCAGGGGGUCGGUGAGAUACUGACAGAUCCGUCUGUCAUUAAGAGCGGAGAGAAAGGGUCUUAUGAUAUGAUCUUUGGCCCUGCGAAUCUUGGAGACGAUGCCAUUCGUAACUUCCGCGCCAAGCAUCACUGCAACUCGUGCUGCCGAAAACUCAAACUUCCAGAUCUGAAGCGGAACGACUACACUCCCGAUAAACUGACCCUGCAGCAUGACCCCUCCGAGGGCCCGUCCCAUUCGCCGCCUACAGGGGGCGCCGCGAAAGAACAGCGUCCCUCAAUGCGCUUAAUGCUGUGAGCCACACACACUCGCAUCACUGAAAACACUCUUCGCAAGACGGAAACUAAGACACGGUGUGUGUAUGUAGGACAUAAGCAUGCGUGUUUUAUACGAACGCGUCGCCUCUGAACAAAUGCAAUCUAGAGAUGUUUUAAGUCAUGUUUUAUCCUGUACAAUUAUAACAGGUAUUAUCAGCUUUUAAAAGUAUUUUUUUAAGUUUUUAUGUCUGUAUGAAACUAUAAAGUGGUUAAUAACUGGUACAAUAUCACUGUAUAGAGUUAAAUAUUUAUUCUAAACUACGACAAGUUGCCUUGUAUAAAAUAAAAGCAAUUUUACAUGUGAUGUAUGUCACUUUUUGGAAAGAAGACUUGCUCAUUAUACUAUUAUCUGAUUUUGUACAGAGCUGUAUGCCAAGAGAAUGUUUUUAUGUACAGAGCCUUAUGAAUGCAUUUAUGGUUCAGACUUCCUAUGUGUUUGAAUCUUGUCGAUUAUGGGCAGAUUGCAAUGCAAACGACAGCGCAGUGUGUGCGAUUUCACUGUGCUGACCACUGAAACCAGUCCAUGCAAUCAAUACUCACCUUUAUAAUGUUACAGCGGUACUGUUGUCCUUUACUGUCGUCGGAGGAUCACGUGAGAGUGUUAAUCUAGUGUAUCUCAUAGAUACAUUUAUCUGGCACGAUGCUAUCAGCUGAAACGUGAGAAUAUUUGAUGCUGGGGGAUAUUAUAUUAAUGGAUCUGUACACAUUUUUUUUACUGUAUAUUUAAUAAAACACUGAAAAAUCA